CUGUUGAUAGUUGUAAAUAAAUUCGCUUUUUUCAUUAAAAAAUUGUUUAUAACUGAAUAAUGAUAAGUCCUUAAAAGCAAUAUACAGUAAAUAUGUUUCCCAUUAACCACAAGACGAUAUUUGUGCUAGACCACACACCGUAUUUCGGUAUAUCAUCAGAUAAUCCGAUAGAUUUUGAUGUGCCGAAAAAUAGGGGUUAUUUGCCUGUCCCACCGAUCUGUAAGUCAUUAUGGACCUGCAGUGUGGAAGCGGCGGUGGAGUACUGCAGGAUAGUGUGGGAUUUAUUUCCAGAAGGCAAACUGGUGCGUUUUGUCGUGAGUGACAACACAGCCCAUAUGUUAAAUACAUGGGCUGCUUCACAGCAAAAUUUGACACAUCUCCUCAAUGGACUCUGUCUAGUGGGGCCAGUAAGACGUGGUGCUGGUGGUGAUGUAGAAGGGCUGGUGGCUGCCAUAGAAGCUUUAGCAGAACCAUCACCUGAGCAGGCCAAUAGGCCUACUGAAAGACAUUUUCAGAAUCGUGGGCGUGUAAUUUGCAUAACAAGUGCCAGAGACAAUGAUUCUAUUAAGAACUUAAAGGAUAUCGCUCACAAUACAAUUGUCCAAAUAAACAAAAAGGCAUCUAUGGUCCAGCCGCCCACUACUUCUGAUUCUGCGAACACAACACCUCAGCCCUUAGUAAUACAUUACUGUCAUAUAGUUAUAAUAAAUGUCACACCAGAGAAUGCAGAAACAGAAGUUACCAAUCAACCUUUAGCAGAGAUAGCUGGUGGACAAAUCGGUGUGGAAGUAAUUGUCUCACGGGCGAGUGCAUUAGCCAAUCUGCUUGGUCGAUUGGUGUUGCCACAUUACAAAUUAGCUACCACCACUGUAACUGGUAUCCCUAUGAAGGAAGAACAAAAUGCCAGUUCUAGUGCGAACUACGACGUGGAAAUAAUUCACGCGGCAGAUGCUCACGCGGGGCUGCGAGCGUCACAAACUGCUGCUGAAGCUUUGGAAUCGGUGGUGCUCCGGUGGUGGACGCCCCGUGGCGCCGAGGGGGGCGCGUCAGGGUGCUGUGGCGCACUGUGGCGCGUCACUCCCGCGGACGUGGCGUCCCGACCCUCCGCCUGCCUCGUCAACUUCCUACUCAACGGCAGAUCCGUCACUCUCGAAGUUCCGAAGAAAGGCGGAGGUAGAUCAGCGUCACACGUGCUAGCAGCGCAAGGUGGUGAGCUGUGGAUAGGAGCUCUAGGCGGACGCACGCCUUACGACGACCCGCCUGCGUUAUCUGAAGGAGCUGGGGGACGAGUCACUGAUUACAGAAUCAAAGAGUUUGGUGCUCUAAUGCAACAGAACAGACUGUAUCCCCUUCGCGGUGCCGGGGCUAACGGGCGGGCAAGAGCGCGGCUACAGCGACAUACAACAUACUGGCCGCUUACUAUAUCUUCUACUCUCAUAUUUAAUUUAGGAUCGGUAUUGGAACCACUGACGCGACUAGUAGUACAAGAAACGUUGACUGACGAAGAAGUGGAGACGUGUCGUAAUGUACUCCUCUCCUUAUUGGCCAUGGAGUCGCGGCAUGAGUUCCCCACAGCACAACUUCCAUCUAAUAUAAGAGGGAAGUCAGUGGGUCGUCGCGAGGAGCAAUGGCGGCAGGUAUGGGGCGAGCUGGAGGCGCUGGUGCGGGCGCACGCCGCCGCCCCCCAGCACCGCGCGCUGCUGCGCGUCCUACUCGACUGUCGCGCCCACAACCACACGUCCGACAGCGAAUCUCGUGCCACAGUGAUUCGCGCGACUACAGACUCGCCGCUAUCCCCUGUAGGGGCUGGUAACGGCAGUUCAGGCAACGGCAGUUCCGGCAACGGCAGCGACGUGUGGGCACCCCGCAAUGUACUCGAUGCCUUACUCGGCGCGCCCCGGCCCGCGCGACGACCUGACUUCGCCGGCCGCAUGGCCGCCGGCACUAGAAUCGCGACCUUGUACCCGCAGUUACAACAAGACGUCGAAACACCUCAUUAAUCUUCAAUUGUUCGUACAAUUGAAUCGAUAUCCAGUACCUACCGCAGGCCAAAGUGUAAAAUUCGGCACAAGUCGUUGAUUGUCCUGUAAUAAAAUCUCAUUCGAGUCUAUCGCUAAAACAUAAUAAAUGGAAGUCGAUAGAACUCCGGAUGUGGUUGCCUGAUUAAUGUUAUGUGGUUCGGCAACGCCGGCCGCCGCUUGCGGUGGCAAUGGCCAUUUGUGACGCGUGUAUUAUUAUGGUGUUGCAAAACAACUCGAGUUGUGUUGAAAGUGACAAUGUAAUAGAAAUUGAAGACAAAAUUUAUAUUGAAUUUUGUUUCGUUCUUGCAUUGCUCAUUAUAAUAGAUAAUAAGGUAAUAGUAUAAUGUAAGAACAUGUGAAUAAAUACAAUAUUUCGGAAUAAGGAAGUUUGGUUUAUUUUUGGUUGAAAUGAAAAAUGCGACAUUAUAAAAUUAAUAUCUUAUAUUUGUUCAAUAAAAACUACAUGUGGGCCCGUGUGCCCGGCGCCCGGGUAACACGACCUUUGUAUUAUCUUGUUGCAUAUAAACUCUGCGGGCAGACUGUGUCAUAAGGCAAUGGUGUGAAUGGCGGCCUCGCGGCCUCGUCAAGGCAUCUGGUCCGGAUCUCUCCGCGGCGACGGCCCUGCGCCCUCGCCGCCGAAACUUUACAAUUAUUGGAAUGUCACGCUGGAUGCGAACGUUCGAACGUUAAAAAUGAUUACAAACGAAACCUAACGCUAGGCCCCCUCGUGGGCCACUCCGAAGAUACACUCACAUCGAAAUAUUGUACAAUCUCAUACUCUCGAACGCGCCCGACCACUCGGUACACGCUCCAAAUAUCGAUACCCUAUAAAACUUACAAAAUCGACCGGUACUUAAACUUAACGCUAAGUUAAAAUUAAUCGGAAUUGAAAAAUAAAUUACCUAGGUACAAUAUUUUAGUCUAGAAAGCUAUUUAUAGGCGCACGAGGGUCGCUUGGUGGGAGUGCGCGGAUGUCAGUGUGUAGCUUUUCGAAGUUUCUUAGCGAUAGGUAACGCGGACGCGUCUGAUGAGUCACCCAGUGAGUUCUCUUCUGAGCUGGCUUCCUCCAUUUGCCUGCGUCAAACAAACGGAACAAAUUACUACAUGUAUUCGAUAUGAGUUAUCGGAGAAAUGGUGAAAUAAGUGUGUGCAUAAAAACCGAUAGAACGGCUGGUUGUUGGUACAAUGAAAUGUAAUUACAGAGUGUGUAAAGUGGUUACCGUUUGGCGCGCGGCGUGCUGAAGGCGGAGUCGGAGUUGUCGGAGGGGGACGCGGGGGUGGCGGGGGUCGCAGGAGACGCAGCUUUCGCAUCCAUCGAGUCCUCUGUGCACGACGUCGUCGUGUCCUCAUUCACUGAGUCUGCACCUAAUUUUCCU